AUGGGGUCGUCCGCAUCCAAGGCUGCCCUCAGAGCGACCACCGAUGAGCCCUCCGAGCCCGGGCCGAAACACCUGGCGGAUCUAAUCCAAUACAUAAAUGGAACAAAUAGGAGUGUUGAACAUCUGGCUGAUAUUCUUUCUGAGAAAACUAGGAGCAGCAGCUGGGUGGUGGUGUUCAAAGCCCUGAUUACUGUGCAUCACCUUAUGGUGCAUGGAAAUGAGCGAUUCAUCCAACAUCUUGCAUCUAGAAACUCUUUGUUCACUUUAUACAACUUCCUGGAUAAAAGUGUCAUAGAAGGCUAUACUAUGUCAACCUUCAUCAGACGAUAUAGCAGGUACUUGAAUGAAAAGUCACUCGCAUAUAGACUGAUUGCAUAUGACAUCACCAAAACCAAGAGAGGGACGGAUGGUGUGAUGAGAACGAUGAACACUGAGGAGCUGCUGAACACUCUUGCGGUUAUUCAAACUCUGUUUGAUGCUCUUCUUUAUUUUAAUGCAAAUCCUGACGAAAUAACUAAUGGUAUAAUACAUGCUGCUUUCAUGCUCCUCUUUAAGGAUUUUCUUCGCCUCUUUGCAGCCUAUAAUGAGGGGAUCCUUAAUCUGCUAGGCAAGUAUUUUGACAUGAGGAAGAACCAAUGCAAGGAAAGUUUGGGUAUUUACAUCAGGUUCCUUGAAAGAACGACCAAAUUGGCACAGUUCCUGAAAGUUGCAAAGCAAGUUGGAAUUGACCAGAAUGACAUUCCAUAUCUUAAUCAGUGCCUGACUGUGAUGUGGCAGACCUGCCUUGGUUGGGACUGGAGGAAUGGGGAGAAGUCUGUAAAGAGAGAGAGGGUGAUGAUGUGGGGUGAGGAAAUUGAGAGGAUUUGGGAUCCAGAACACGGUGCAUCCAGCAGUGGCCUCAGAGCCGUUCAAACCUACGUCUCUGGGCCGCACCCCUCAUCAGAGCUCCAGGGGCACAAACUCGGGGACCUAGCAGAUGGUUCCGCCCUGCUGGGUACCAGCUUCGCCUUAGCAUAG